AUGCUGCGCAGGAUUGCCGCCUACCCCGAGGUGAAUUUCCUAGUUGUGGUCAACCCAAACAGCGGCCCCGGGUCGGAUCCGUUGCCGGGCAACGACUACGUCCGCGAGGUGCCCAGGCUGAAUGCCUUUGCCAACGUCCACACGGUGGGCUACGUGCGCAUUCACUACUGCGAGAAGGCGCUGGCCGAGGCGUGCGCCGAAAUCGAGAGGUACGCGAGCUGGAGCCGGCACCAGCACAUCCCCGGGCUCCAUGUCCAAGGCAUCUACGUCGACGAGACGCCCAACCACUACUCGGCCGGCAGGGCGCAGUAUCUGGAGCGGCUGGGGCACUUCAUCAAGACCAACCCCGGGCUGGCCGGGACGCGUACGGUCGUUCACAACCCAGGCACGCCCCCCGAGGGCGACCUCGCGUCCUUUGGGAGCCCUGACCUGGUGUGCAUCUGCGAAGAGCCGUACGAGCGCUACCUGAAGACGGAGCUGCAGGAGCGCCUGAGGGACCUGUCGCCCGAGCACGAGCGGUGUAUCUAUCAGAUCUCGGGCAUUCCGCCGGACAAGCUGGGGGGAGCGGUGCGCGAGCUGUGCAGGCGAGGCCAGUACGUCUUUGCCACGGACCUGCCCGAAGACUUUUACGAGAGCUUCGGGCCCAGCUGGCUCGAUUUCGUGGCGGCAGUGAGCGCGGCGGCGGCGUUGUCGAAUGAUGGAUGUGAUUGA